UUUCACAUCUGAGAAGUGCCAAAGAAGAGAGAGAUGAUUAAAUGAAGCUGCUGGCUCACAGAAUGAGGUUCAGAUGCAGGAAGUAUGAAUGAGAGACUGAGCCAAGUUCUGCAGAGCUCUCAUAGCCAGGGAAACUUGUUUGGAAGUGAUGCUGGAGGAACUGGGGAAGCAAUUUAAAUGGGACAAAAAAUGCAUUGUCAGUAAGUGAACGUAGAAUAUAAUUCAGGAGAGGAACUGUGUGGGGUUAAAAAAAUAGGACUUAAGAACAUAGAAAAAGCAAUGGUAGUAAUCUAAGUAUUUGCCUGGGCUUAAAUGUGGACUUGUAGCAGCAGGAGUAGAGUAGAAAAUACAGAUUUUCAAAAUACAGGGCACAAUUUGUUAGAAUGGAAAAGGAGAACCAAGUGAGAGAGAGACAAGUGCAGGUAAUAGGGUGCCAAGAGUGAUGGAGAGAGGGGGAAGUGCAGAUGAAUUUCCUGUUAGUUGUGUGCACUGGAAGUUUGCAGAGUGAGAAUCCACAAGGAAAAGUCAGAGUGUUCAACUAAAAGCAUCAGGGAGAGGGAAGAAUGGGAGUGAUCAGGUUGGAGUGUGUGAGACAAGUGGCUUUAAUGCAAGUGAGAAGAAGUAAAGUCUUAAACAUACAAGUAUGAGUCAUUUCUGACUGACUUAAUGAAGGUUGGAAGAAGAGGAAUAACAUAAGCAGAAGGAAAAACUACCCCAAGGGUGACUGGGUAAGCAAUUUAAAUCCACAUGUUCUCUGAUGGCUUUGGGUUGUGUUGAAGGGGGGACAAAUUGGAGUAGAGGAGAUAAAUCAACGUAGGAAAGAUCAGCACAACUGCUUAGUUCAGAGAUAUAUGUCAGAAAAGAAGUGGGAUAUUCUGUCAACAGCUGAAUGGAUAGUUGUUUUGAAGUAUUUGGAAUGUAUAAAAGUAAUUUGAAGGAUUGCUAUGGCAGAGGAACCAAGUGUAGGAGAACACAGUGGUCUUGAGAGCUUGAGGUACUGGAGAAAAAAAAGACACUGAAUCUGGGAAUUGUGAGAGACUAGUGAUGAGACAUUUUUCUAGCUAAUUCUUUUCCCCAUUGUGUGAUUCACCUGAGUUUACAGGAGAAAGAUGUGAAGACAGUACUUCUGCAGCUCUUCCAGUGCAGAUAAAUGCAGAGGGAGAGUCACUUGGGGAUGCAGAGGUCUUUGGGAAAAUCAUGACAAGUACCUGAAUUUCAUGGAAAGUCUGCAUGCUAGAGAAGACCUGCUGCUCACAGGUGUAUGAUUGCUGAUGAGAUGGGGUUGGGUAAAACCAUUCAAGCAAUUGCCAUUUCAUAUUACUACAAAAAUGAAUGGCCUCUCCUGAUUGUGGUGCCUUCCUCUCUGAGGUACCCUUGGGUUGAUGAGAUGGAGAAGUGGAUUCCAGAGCUCUCUCCAGACGACAUUACCAUCAUCCAGAACAAAACUGAUGUUGGGGGAAUAUCAACCAGCAAAGUAACGAUUCUGGGGUAUGGCCUGUUAACUUCUGAUGCACAGACUUUGAUAGACACUUUGUACAGGCAGAACUUCAAGGUGGUUGUGGUUGAUGAGUCUCACUACAUGAAAUCCAGAAACGCCACCCGCAGCAAGAUCUUACUGCCAAUUGUGCAGAAAGCUCUGAGAGCUGUGCUUCUUACUGGGACUCCUGCUCUGGGAAGACCUGAAGAGCUUUUCAUGCAGAUUGAGGCACUGUUUCCAAGAAGAUUUGGAACUUGGAGUGAAUAUGCUAAAAAAUACUGCAAUGCUCGUGUCAGGUUUUUUGGGAAAAGAGCUCAAUGGGACUGUAGAGGGGCUUCAAAUUUAGAAGAACUACAUCAACUUUUAAGUGCAAUAAUGAUCAGAAGACUGAAGAAUGAUGUUCUAACUCAGCUGCCUCCCAAAGUCAGGCAGCGCAUUCCCUUUGACCUCCCCCAGGCCGCAGCAAAGAAUUUGAAUGCCACUUUUGCAGAGUGGGAGAAAUUAAUGAGAAACCUGAAUCCAGAUGCCACUGAAAGCCACUUCUCUCAGGUCAUGAAUCUGAUCACACGGAUGUACAAAGAAACAGCCAUUGCCAAGGCAGGAGCAGUGAAGGAUUACAUCAAAAUGAUGCUUGAGAAUGACAAGCUGAAGUUCCUUGUCUUUGCCCACCACCUGAGCAUGCUGCAGGCCUGCACAGAGGCUGUCAUAGAAAACAAGGUUCGCUACAUUCGGAUAGAUGGGAGUGUCCCCUCUGCAGAAAGGAUUCACCUUGUCAAUCAGUUCCAGAAGGAUCCUGAAACCAGGGUUGCUAUUUUGAGCAUUCAGGCAGCUGGGCAGGGUUUAACCUUCACUGCUGCCACUCAUGUGGUGUUUGCUGAAUUGUAUUGGGAUCCAGGCCACAUAAAACAGGCAGAGGACAGAGCACACAGGAUUGGGCAGAGCAGCUCUGUGAACAUCCACUUCCUCAUUGCCAAGGGAACCAUGGACACCCUCAUGUGGGCAAUGCUGAACCGCAAGGCCAAAGUCACAGGCAGCACCUUGAAUGGCAGGAAAGAGAAGAUGCAGGCUGAAGAAGGGGAUAAGGAGAAAUGGGAUUUUUUGAGUUUUGCUGAGACUUGGACCCCAAAUGAAAGUCUAGAAGAUCCCAGAAAUGAACUUUUAUUUACGCAUUUUGAGAAGGAAAAGCAGCACGACAUUCGUUCCUUCUUUUCCCCAAAAUCCUCCACGGAGAAGAAACGCAAAAGAUUUUCUGGCAGUGAAUUGUUACAGAAUGAUACAGAAUCUUCUGAAGUCACAAAAGAAGAGGAUGAAAACCUGGAUUCCACACCAGUAAAUGCUGGGGAUCCAGUUUGCCCUGAAAGCACCUGUAAGCACGAAGCCAAAAGAGCCAGAAGCACAAGUGGAUCUACCCCAGGCAGCUGCAGUGAUAAAAAGAAAACAUCUCUGACUGCAGAAAAGCCCUCCUUGUUUUCAGGAAAUAACAGUGAACUCCCUCCUUGUGGCUUAAACACUUCCAGCAAAAGCACAGCUGAAAACCAAGUUUGGCACUGCAAGGUUUGCACUUACACCAACCACGACCUGCUGCCUUACUGUGAGAUGUGCGGGUGCCCUCAGAGCAGCAGUGUUGAGAGAAUCUGUGAAGCUCCCACGAGCCAAACUGAGGAAGAUGUGUCAGAGAGCCCCAGGAGAAGCGAGGAGAGAGCAGAGUGCAGUGCUGAGGAUGGGAGAGAAGGUUUGGGGGAAAUGGAGAAUGGAGAAAGUGAAAAAAAGUGUGGAGAAGGGGAUGAAGAUAAAUCAGACACAUUGCAAAUAUAUGAUGGCCUUAUGUUUUGUGCAAGUAGGAAUACUGAUAGAAUCCACCUGUAUACAAAGGAUGGGGAGCCCCUGAAUCAUAAUUUCAUUCCAUUGGACAUUCAGCUGGAUAACUGGGAAGAUUUACCAGAGACUUUCCAGCAUAGAAAAAAUCGUGCACUGAUCCUGAGGUUUGUGAAAGAAUGGACUCAGCUGACAGCAAUGAAGCAGAAGAUUGUCAGAAAAAGUGGUCAGAUAUUUUACAGUCCUAUUCAUGCUGCAGAGGAGUUGUCUAAAAAGCAGUCUGUUGGCAGCAGCACAAAAAGGUAUGUGACCAGGGAGGAUGUGGCAGCAGCCUCGCUCUCCAAAGCCGCCAGCACCGGGGGCAGCGUCCGCCUCAUCUCCAGGGACAGUGGGGUUUGUCCCAAGAAAGAAAAUGCUCCUGUUGAACAAUCCACAAAGUUGCUUUCAGACACUGGAGGAGGUCCCUUAGCCCUUCAUUCUGAACAGGGUGAAGGCUCCCCCCUGCCCAAAGGGUAUUUGCAGGCCCUGGACAGCCAGGGGACCCCGCUGUGCCUGAGCUGUCAGCAGCCCACGGCACAGCUCCCGCCCGGCAGCCACGCCUGGGACACGCGGUUCUGCUCCCACGCCUGCCAGGAGGAUUUCUCCAUCCGCUCCAGCCAGAGCUACCUCAGGACCAAAGUGUUUGAAGUGGAACACGGGGUUUGCCAGUUCUGUCACCAAAACGCGCAGGAGCUUUAUCUCAGCGUCAGAGACGCCCCCAGGAGUCGGCGCAAGGAACUGCUGGAGAGCUCCUGGAUGUCCCACCUCCCACUGGGGCAGCUGAACGAGAUGAUCCGGAGCCCCACGGAGGGGCAGUUCUGGCAGGUGGAUCACAUCCAGCCCGUGUACAGCGGAGGAGGACAGUGCUCCCUGGACAACCUCCAGACUCUGUGCACAGCCUGCCACAGGGAGAGAACUGCCAAGCAGGCCAAGGAAAGAAGCCAACUGAAGAGAAGGUCUUUGGCUACAAAGUACGGCUGUGACAUCACCAAAUUUUUUGUGAAAAUGUAAAAUGCAAAAUCCCUUCAGGUAUAAUGUAACACUGAAUCCAGUACAGUUAUAUCAUUUUCCUCAUGCACUGAUUUAACAGGAAUCUCAGUAGCCCAUCAAUGCUGCUGGUAGAGAGGAGAAAAUACGGAAUUAAAACCAAGGAAUCGUUUGUCACACUGAGGGUCAGAGGGCAUCCAAGGUACUUGAUUAUGGUCAUGUUUUUAUGACCCUGUGGUUUAAAGCUAAAUUUCUGCAUGUAACCUUAGUGCACUGAGCCUGACUUACAGGACUUUGGCAUUUAGAACUGAUGUCGGUUGAAUUCUGGUUUUACUUAAACCAGCUUGUAUUAAAAUUUUAUUUAUGAUACGGAACACUAGAUGUUACCAAUUAUGUCAUCAAAGGUAGUUUCUGGGAAAUGCCACAGUCACAUUUUCCUUAACAAGAUUGCUGAUUAUUCUGGACUGCUUACCUGGCUUUCUUUACAAUUACUUUAAAUAAAUACAGUUCUUUUUCCUGGUGA